GUCUUCGCGUUCGAUUUUGGAAGGCUCGCCGGGAGCUCACACCAAGGCUCGGCUCAGGAUUGGCUGUUCUGGAACUAGGGAGCGCUUUCUCCGGGGAGCCGCGGCUGUGACCGAGGUGGCCCGCCUUGGGCGGCCAGGUACGUAGGUCGGCAGCCUGCCUCGCGCUGCGGUGGAAGUGGGUGGGCGCGCCGUCAGAGCAAGGGUGCAGGAGGGACCCGAAACCCCAGGUCCACUUAGGGCCCGUCGUUGUGCGAAGCUGCCACGUCUGAGCCCCGGGGGCCGACCCGCGCAGGGAAUGUCGCCAUGUGACCUCGGCCAGGACACCCCCUCCCAAGCUCUCAUCCUGUUCAUGAACGCCGCCUGGUCCUUGUGAGCACCGUCGCGGCAGGAAGCCCAGAGCUGCGCCCACCCCUUCGAAGGGGAAGGGGUUAGAGUGGGCGCAUUUUAACUUGCGAUUUGAGGUCUGUCGUUGCUGCCCUUCAGCGUGAGCACCCAGGAUGGGCACCCCCGCCUCUGUGGUGAGUGAGCCGCCCCCCUGGCAGGCCCCGACAGAGGCCCGGGGCCGCAAGCAGGCCUCAGCCAACAUCUUCCAGGAUGCCGAACUGCUGCAGAUCCAGGGCCUGUUUCAGCGCAGCGGGGAUCAGCUGGCAGAGGAACGGGCGCAGAUCAUCUGGGAGUGCGCAGGGGACCAGCGCGUGGCGGAGGCCUUGAAGAGGCUGCGCAGGAAGAGGCCUCCUCGGCAGAAGCCCUUGGACCACUCGCUGCACCACUGCAGCCGGCUCAGAAUCCCAGAGCCCCACGCUCCACUGGCCAACCCUCAGAGCAGUGCCACGGAGACGGCUUCCAGCGAGCAGUAUCUGAACUCUCGGAGGACCAGUGCCAGGAUCCGCCGGAACUGGGGGAAGCCGGGUCCCACAGGCUACCUCCAUCAGAUCAGACACUGAGCCGGGGAAGGGGCUGGAGACAGCUCUAUCUUCCCCAGGAUUCACAGGGACUUUUGCCAAAGGGCCUGAAGAGGUGAAGAAUUCUUGGAAGAGAGUUGAGGCAGACAGCCCCACUCAAGUAAAUGCAACCCUGUGGCCACUGGUCUGCUUGAGUCAGAACAGGACUGGAGGCUUCCACUGAGCUGCUAGGUGGGACCCAUUCCUCACCAGACUGAGGAAGAACGGUGACAGUUGCUGCCUCAGCCCUUCCCAGUUUAACACUAUACCUGGGCUGCAUGAUAUUCCCCUGGGAGUCAAGUGACAGACAGCAUCUCAACACUCCUGCUACUAACCCUCCUGCUACUACAGUACCCCAUGGUCCAGCAGCCUGUCCCACACCCCUUAAAAUGUGGUUGAAGUGGCAAAAUAAAACCAUUUGCAUCAAGAGCUA